GAUGUAAAUGUUUAUGGGGCUUGGAAUGAAAUGUCAAAAUAAAAUUAGAGUUUUUGGAAAAUAAAUCGCCCCGUGAGUGCAAUAGUGCGAAAAAAAGAUAAUUGCGUGUAAAAGUCAGGGACGUGAGGGAAAGGAAAAUACUGUAUGAGUCAUCCUUGUUGUCAAUGUGUGCAGAAUAGUGUGAGAAUACAACAAUAGGCCCCGGAGAAAGAAACUUAUCCCGCAGGAAGUGUUGAAAAGAAGAAAGAAGUGAAUGUCACGGAGCCUGCCACAGAGCAACUCAGGCGUAAUUUCUGGGUAAAAAUCUCCGUGUGAUCCUUGGGCAGAUGGAUCUUGUGGACAUUGACAAAGUGCUGGAUGAUUUUGAGUUGAAUGAUGAACGGAGUGGGGCUGCGGCUGCCGUGGAUUCGGGACGGAGGGCAUUUGUUGCUGUCUCCAGUGUUUUUUCCAGCCUCAAUGACUACGUGGGUGUGGAGAUUGCAAGUAAGGCAGUUCCGGAAGUGCAUGAGAAAGCAGCAGAAGAAGCUGCCACCACGGAUACCAAUGAAAAUUCCGCGGAAAAGGUCAAUGGGGAGACGGUGAGUGAGGAUGUGCCAAAUUCCGUAGAUGAAGAGGAAACUCUCGAGAGGAGUUCAGAGAUUGUUCUGUCGCUCACAACAACCACAGAGAGUUCAUCUUCAGACCUGUCAAAUCCCUCAGUUAAUACAACAGAACUGAGUGAGGAUGUACUAUCACUGGAUGCUGGAACAAAAGUAUCCAAUAUGCUGACCCUUGAAUCCUCAUCAAUUUGCAUUGACAACGACAUCUCCUCAUCGGUACUUCCUAGUAAGAAUUUUGGCAACAACAUGUCCACACUGUCUCGAAUAACGGAGACUGAGGAUAAUUCAGAACCAGAGAUGAGUGAUGAGAUGCGCCCAGAGGAGGAGGAGGAAGUAAUUAUUCCCCGGGAAACGCCACAACCACCAAUAAAAGUCCCCGUGGGAUUUGAGGAGACAAUGGAUGAUGUGUCAGACACAGAACUCGAGAGCUACCUGCAGGAAUUGGAGAAUGAAUCAAUCCGGGAGACGGAAAACCCCCAAGUUGUGGCGGAAAAGGUGGAAGAAUCCCCCAAGGCAGUAGAUCAGCACGAUAGCGUAUCACAGGCAUCAACUGUUGAGAUUACAGAUACCAAGAAACGCAUUGAGAUUGAUUUUGAUGAUGAAUCAACGUCAAAUUCAUCCCUACUUGAGGAGAAAGUGACUGAAGAGGUGGUAGAUGAACCCACCACAUGCUCCUUAUCAGUGUCAGAAGUUGAGGUACAUCCACAUGAAGAAGAGAAGGCGGAGGCAGCUCCAGAGGUGGCAGAAGAUGAAGAAAAAGAGGAACAAGUUGAAUUGAGACAAAAGGACGACAUUGAGGAAGUAGCUGAAGUGGCGGAAGAGACACCACAGGAAGUGAUAGAGGUGAAACCCCAACGCCCGGAUUCAUUGGAUCUCUCAAUGGUGGCAAAUGCAGGACUUGCAGGACAAACCCCAAUGCAACCAGAACCAGUGGAAGAAGGUGCUGUUGGGGGUGAAGAUGAAGCAGUGAGCGUUGAAGCUGCAGCCCAGAUGUCUACAUCGAGUUCAGAUGAUUUCACCCCAAUGGCACAGCCACCGGCAGUUGAGAGUUCUGCCGAACGUCGAUUGUCGUCGUCAAUGCAAACACUGGGUAAGGUGGCACCGUAUUGGAUACCCGACAACGUCACCAACUUCUGCAUGCAGUGCAACCUCAAAUUUUCCCUAAUAAAGCGUCGGCAUCACUGCCGUGCCUGCGGGCAGGUACUCUGUUCCACAUGUUGCUCCCUCAGGGGUAAACUCGAGUACAUGGGCGACGUGGAGGCACGAAUAUGUAUCCAGUGCGACGCAAUAAUGUCACGUGAUGCCGCCGAGAUGAUCAUGAACAAUAACACAGGUUGCCUCACGCGAUCACCCAAUCCCAACAAUCCAAUGGAGUAUUGCUCAACAAUUCCGCCGCAUCAGCAGGUCUCGGGCAAUGCGGCGGGUCCUAUUGCCGUCAUGGUGCCGGCGGGUGUGCUGAAGAAGGAGGGUGCACCGUCGCGUGGACGCAAGGAUAAGACGGUUAUCUUUAGCGAUGGCAUUCGUCCGGGCUGUGAUCUCACUGAACUCGAUGGGGAUGAAUCUGAGGGGCGUUCAAGUAGGCGCAAUGGCAAUUGGCGCGUUCAAACGCCCCCGGGGCCCGCAUCAGGCAGCCAAAAAGCCUCGCGCGCGGCGGCACAGCAAAAUGUGAAGCUUCCGGUGAAGGAUAAAGUAACCGGAAGCUACAUACCUAAAGAAGAGAAUCUCCUGCCACCCAUCUACAUUGCCACAAAGACGGACUUCCGCUUUGAGGAUGUGGCCAACAAUGCUGCACUCAUCGCCAGACUCCGGCAGGAGACACUCAAGUUUGCCAUUCAUCGAAACUUCCACAUUCACGUCAAGAUAAUCGAAUUGACUUGCUGCAUGAACCGAACUGUAUUUAAUUUCACGACACAUGGGCUACGUUUUGUGGGUCAGGAUGAGAUAAUAAUCCUCCUGGAGAUGGAUAGUACGGAGCAAGUGCCAAAGGAUAUUUUUUUGCAUCUCUGUGAAAUCUACAGUGAGGCAGAUCGUGGUCAAACAAUUACAGAGCUUGGAUUCUCCUUGGCAUCAUCGACAACGUUUCUCGGGUCACGCGAACACGGUGGAUUCCUCUAUAUUCGUCCAACAUUCCAGUGUCUUCAGGGGGUGUGUGUCCCGGAGCCGCCCUACCUCAUUGGGAUUCUCAUACAUAAAUGGGAAAUCCCAUGGGCGCGACUUUUCCCAUUGCGCCUUCAGCUGCGACUUGGUGCCUACUACCGCUACUACCCGAGCCCACAUGUUUCCUUCCGUGGCCGGGAGAGUGUCUACACAGAGAUCUCUGAUACGAUCAUAAAUUUUCUUGCGGACUUUCGUACUUAUUCCUACACCCUUUCAUCCAUUCGUGGUUUACUUAUACACAUGGAGGAUAGACAUACAACGGUGAUGAUACCACGAAAUCGCUACGAUCAAGUGAUGAAGGCAAUAAACAAUUCCAGUGACAACAUCCUGGCAAUUGGGGGGAACUUCUCACGCAAAGCCGAUGGGCAUUUGGUGUGCAUUCAAAAUACCGAUGCUGACAGUGGUCAACUGCAUGCGUACUCAACGCAGGCAAUUAAUAUUGAGGGGCACCCACGCAAUGUGACCGGUGCGAGCUUUAUUGUCCUCAAUGGGGCACUCAAGACCACAAGUGGACUCACGGGGAAGUGUAGUAUUGUCGAAGAUGGGUUAAUGGUGCAAAUUCUUCCGGCAAAAAUGGAAACAGUGCGAACAGCAUUGAAAAACAUGAAGGACGUGACAAUUGUUUGUGGUGCAAUUGAUGCUGAUCCGAGUCAGACUGAAAAUGUCAACAUUGUGUGGACGGAGAAUGAUUUGGAAUUCAAUGUUGGCGUUGUCUCCCCGAUUGACAACAAAAAAAUGGAUGGCAUUCCAAGUAUUCGCGUUCACAAAGGACAAGACUUUUCUAGUGCAAACCACAUUAUUCGUUGGACGGAAGUUUUUAUCCUCAAAGUGGAGGACGACUCGUCGCAUUCUUCAGUGAACAUCCCAAAAGUGGCUGAACAAAUUGCUCAAAGUACUGCAGUGGCUCUUGUCUCAUUUCUCGAUCUGCUGGCGGCGAAUGGUUUGAGACGAAUUGGUCUCCGUACGACGCUUGAUCAGGAAACGGUUUGCUACGAAGCCGGAAGUCAUCAGCAGAAACUACCGCCACUGUACAUGGAUGUGCUGGACAAUGAAUUGAUCCCAACACUGCAUAGACAAGUGACGAAUCUACAGAUCGACAAUCCCAUUAUUGUUGAGCUGAUUUUUGAUAUUCUCGACAAGUGAUUUCGCCCCCUGAUUUUUUCCCGCACUCCCCCUCAUAUGUUCUCAUUUUACCUACAUAUAUAGUGUAUUAUAUAAAAUAUUUUGUGUGCAAUUAAUGGAGGAUUGUCUCGCUCGAGUCCUUUGGUGGGAAUUUUUUCAUUAAUAAUUCCCCCAUCAUGAUUUUCCUUUUGUUUUUUCUGAUUUGUAUUUUCUAUGCAGAGAAAAAGUUAACAAAUUUGUAGUAAAAAAAAAGGAGAAUGUAUGUAAAUGUAAUAGAGAAAAUCCUCUAGCAGUGAGAUUCAAAGGAUUAUGUAGUCCUUUGGGCAUGAGAUCUCACUUAAAAAAAAAGAUUUAUGAAUUUAAAGGGAAAAAAUUAAAUAUAAAAAAAAACACCGUUUGUAUGACUUUGUACAUAAAUAGAGAAUGGAGAGUUUAGAGAGAUGUGAAAAGAGUAAUGAAUUAUUGAAUAAUGUUGUAUAAGAAAUUGUUAAAAAAAAAUAGAUUGAGACGUAUGUGACGGUUAAGCACCAAGAAGUAAAAAAAAAACUGAUAACAGAAACUACAUAAAUGUAUGUAAAGAAGAAAAAGGAGCAUUUUAUGAGGAUGAUGAAUAAAAAGAAAAAAAACUUGUGAA